ACAGAGAAGAGAAAUGGCGACUCUGAGGUCUGCCAAGAAGUCGUACGAGGACGCCAAGGCAGAAGGGACCCGUCUUCAGGAGGCUCAGUGGGCUAACGUGAUCGGAAACAUGUUGAAGAAGAGUGGGAAGUACGCAGAGGCGCUCAAGUGGCUAAGUAUCGACUACAAUCUUUCCGUCAAGUACUUGUCCCAAAACCACUGCCUCCCCGCCUGUCAGUCACUCGGCGAGCUCUAUCUUUGCCUUGAAGUUUUCCAACACGCUCUUCUUUUCCAGAAAAAACAUUUACAGCUUGCUGAGGAUGCCAAUGAUCUUGUUGAGCAGCAAAGAGCAAAUACCCAACUAGGCCGAACCUACCAUGAAAUGUUUUUAAGAUCCGAGGAUGACCACUUUUCUGUUCAGAAUGCCAGAAAGUAUUUCAAGGCUGCAAUGAAGCUUGCACACAUUAUUAAGGAAAGCCCACCUACUAAUAAUUGUUCUUUCCUAAAAGAAUACAUUGACGCUCAUAACAAUACAGGAAUGCUUGAGUUUGAUCUUGAUAAUCUGGAAGAGGCUCGGAAAAUAUUGACUAAAGGAUUGGAGAUUUGCAAUGAACGAGAGGUAGUGGAGGAUGAUGAUGGGCGCAGCAGGCUCCAUCACAAUCUUGGAAAUGUUUACAUGAAGCUGAGGAUGUGGGAUAGUGCUAGAGAGCACAUUGAUAAGGACAUUUUGAUAUGUCAAAGAAUUCAACAUCGUCAAGGGGAAGCAAAGGGGUACAUCAAUCUUGGUGAAUUGCAUUAUCGUGUUCAGAACUUUCAGGAGGCACUACGAUGCUACCAAAAAGCUCUUGACCUGACAAAUCUAAUGGAAGGUGAGGAUGCUCUACUCAAGCAAAUUCAUCAAAAUAUUGGAACUGUUAAAAAAGCCACUGAAGUAAUGAACGAGUUGCAAAAAGAAGAGCAGAAUCUCAAAAUGCUAACAGGAGACAAAGAAGAUGCAAGAGGCAGAUCAUGUGAGAGGCAUUGUCUGCUACAGGUAAUUGCCUCUCUUGACUGUCUCAUUGAGAAAUCAAGGACGACCCUUGCCUGGGCGAAGCUCUGUGAGUUUGCAAGCAUGAAGAAGAUAAUAGCAAGUGAACUUGACAACAAGCAAAUGCUCAUUGAUUCAUUUUUGGUUAUUGGAGAAUCAUACGAGAACUUAAGAGAAUUCGACAAAGCCCUGGACUGGUAUACGAGGAGUUGGAAAGAGUACCAAUUCAUUGGUGACUUUGAGGGGCAAGCAUUAGCGAAUAUUAAUAUAGGUAAUGUUCUAGACCACACUGACAACUGGCAAGGAGCGUUAGCCGCAUUCAAAGAAAGCUACAAGCUUGCUGUUAGGGCUAACCUUCCUUAUGUACAGAUUACUGCUCUAGAGAAUAUUCACUACAGCUACAUGAUCAGAUUUGACAAAGCUGAAGAGGCCAGGAGAGUGAAGCUUCUAGCUGAGGAAUUGAAACAGCAAAUAAAUAAAGAGCUUCAUACAGAAAAUGUGCCAGAGGAUUUGUGUUCCAGUUCCAACAGUCGUUCUAAAUGUGCUAUCCUUGUCGCUGAAAAUAUAGUGCAUAGGAAUGCUGCUUCCCGUCCUAUUUUUCUUUCUUCUGCUGAUAAACACAAUAGACUGUGUCAAGUUGUUUCAUUUAAGAUUGACAAAGAUGUAAUACAUUACCCAAUGAAGGCUACUGCUAAGUUAAGCAUUGAAUCUAUGAAGGUUGAACUAGCAUGCUUAUAUUACUUGGGACUUCCUGUGGAAAGAAGAUCAGAUGGAAUUCUUCCAAUAAUUAAGGACAUAAAGCUUGGUGGACGAGUUAUCGAAUCCCUGGAAACACUUGAAGCAACGGUUUCAGAGCAUAUGGGACAAGUCUUGUUUGAUGCUUGCAUUGGGGGAUGGAAUCAGAAGCGCUUGAUAAAGCUAUACACCGAUUACUGCAACACGUUAUGUGAGACGCCUAAUAUGAAAGUGCUUAUGAAACUAUAUGAUUGGGAGGUAAAUGGUGACGUUGCUGCUUCUGGAUGUGGUUUGCAAGAUUUUUCAAUAACUCCAUUGUUGAAUGCCUUAGAUGCCUAUAAAGAAAUUGCAAUGCUAGACCUUUCUCACAAUUUGUUAGGAAAUAGAACGAUGGAGAAGCUUCAGAAAGUAUUAUCAGGCACUACAGCUUAUGGGUUAUGGUUGGAUGUACACUGCAACCUAUUUGGUCCAACUGCUUUGCUCAAGAUUUGUGAAUGCCCUGUGCUCGUUGCUCGAUUGGAAGUGCUAAAUAUAUCCGAGAACCCUCUCACUGAUGCAUGCGCAUCUUAUCUUUUAGAUGUCUUGGAAAAGUGCAAGGUCCUUUACAGCUUGAGUAUGGAGCGCUGCUGUAUCACAUCUAGAACAAUUCUUAUGGUUGCUGAUGCAUUGGACGCUGGAUCUCCACUUGACCGACUUUGUAUAGGAUACAAUGACAUUGAUGAAAAUGCCCUUGCUAGCUUACUUGUCAAGCUUGGCUCUCUGAAAAGAUUUUCAAGUUUGAAUCUAAACGGUUUGAAGCUAAACAAGCGUGCAGUUGAUAGCCUUUGCGACCUUGCUUCAACCUUGCCCUUGUAUGAACUAAUGCUUCGGGAAACUGGUAUUGGAAUGGAUGGAGCGUCAUUAGUAACCAAUUCAUUGUUCAUCAGGACUAACGAGAUUUUCAAACUUGACUUAUCGUAUUGUGGACUGACGUCUAAUUUUGCUCUGAAACUUAGCACCAAUUCUUGUAUGAUUUGUGGCAUUUACGAGCUGAACCUUUCAGGAAAUCCUAUUAAGGAAGAGGGUAGCAAUGCAUUAUCGUCGAUGCUUUUGAAUUCUAAAUGUUGUCUGCGAGUUUUGGUCCUUGAGAAGUGCGAGCUUGGAGUUACCGGGUUUCUUCAAAUAAUCCAGGCAGCAUCAGGUUCCCUCACUAAUUCUUCUUUUGAGGAGCUCAAUCUCGCUGAUAAUGUCAAAUCUCUUCAUGUUGCUGAUCAAGUUGGGCUCGACGAUGGCUGCAAAACCACAUGCCAAGGAGAAUUCUCGUUCAUUCAAAAGGUUUCAACUGCCAUUUGCAGGGCAACGAAUUUGCGAUUUCUGGACCUUAGCAAAAAUGGUUUUUCCAAACAAAAUGCAGAGUUCGAACUGGGUAGCUGUGGGCGGAGAACUUAUAAAGAUUACUCAAUCUCAACCCCUUUGGCAUUUAUUAUCUGGGAUGGGACAACCAACCACCCAAAUCCUAGAAGUUAUGACAAGAUCUGGAGCCAGAGGAGGAGUUUAUCGGAGGAACAAGAACGAAAUCCGGAAUACGGAUCUACUUUCGGAGUUAACACCCAAAGAGUGCUUCCAACUAGGAGAUUAUUCAGACCAGGGCCCAGAAGGAGUAUCAUGGCUCAACAAAAUGUGGAUGAAUCACCGGCCCAACUAGAAGGGGCGACGGAACUCACAAGUAUGGAGCAUGGAAUCAAAAUGAUCAGGACAGUGCUGGCAGAAGCUGAAAAGAGAUUUGAACAGCAGUCUGAAAAGACUAAUGCUGCGCAAAAGAAUAUGUUUAAAAAGAAGAAAAAGCACAAAAUGAAAGGCAUUCCGAUAAACCUGAGUAUCGUAAACAAUGUGAAAAAACUUGCAGCUGCAGCAGACGACUUUCUAGAUCUGGAGGACAUAACUCUAGCCAGAGUUUUUCUUUGA